AUGGGCCCACCCAUCUCCAUCAGGAAUAAUAACACUUCCGGCCCAUCCGUCAUAGUCAAGGAUAUAUCUACCUUUGGCCCAUGGUCCACUGGCCCAUAUCAUACAGGAUAUUAUGCACAAACUCCGCUCAUUAAAGUUGGCCUCCACAUUCACCUCACUCAUGACGGUACUCCAUGUCCCAGCAGCACAGAUUACAUGUCAGACGUCUUUGAAUGGUCAGAUACCGAUGAAAAUAUAGACUACAACAACUAUCCGGAGGGACCUUCUACCCCACCAGUCACAAAUUCAGAUCAUCCAGCCAUAACUGUAGUGGACAAGUCCGGAGUUCACUCUCUUUCCAUAUGGUAUUGCCACUGCCCCAGUUCUCUCAACCAAGACAUGCAGCUCUUCCAAGCAGGCUUGUUCCCAGCUUCUUUCACCAGACUGAAAACUGCAUUUACAUUCUCUGUCUUGGACGACUUUCUGCUAGACAAUCUCAAGUGCGGGACAUCAGUGAUGAAUUACUACAGCAAAAUUUGCAGACUAACCUCAAGCAUCUUUCCACUGACGGUUCCGGAUCGCUACAGAGAGCUCAUGAGAACUUCCAGGCAGUGGCGACAAUGCAAGCUUUAUAAGUGGCAUGGAUUUGCCCACAAAGAUGACCAGCCAAUGGCCGGUGAUCUCGCCCUAUUUUGCCCUGCAUGUCCGCAACCUGGGAUAAACUUGGACCUGUCUACCGGUGUAGUCACCCAGCCUGACGACACACCUUCUUGGCUCAUCACCAGGUCUUUGGUCAUGGAUGGUAAUUUUAAAGCCAAGCACAUGCAUCCAGUGAAUCCAUCCAACGAAGUAUCAUUGAUGGAUGGUCUCACAUUCAUGGUCUCCGAUGAAAGAUACAAGAGUCAUUUGUCCAUUGCUCAAGAGCAUGUCCAAAAGUCAGAUUGCAACAAUCACCGGGCAGUCAAUCAAGCAAACGCCUCCUGGCAAAGGCUGGAAGCCAUCGAGGGGCGAAAGUAUAACAAGUAUUUGAAGGACCGGAUCGCUUCCAGUAUAUAUCUUUCCAUCCCCAUCGGCAUGGAUAUCAUUCCCGGAAUAGGUUUGUGGCAUGUACAUGGCCAUCAAGACAGCUGCUUUGUCCGGGCUGGCAGGAUAGAUGGAGAGAUCAUGGAGACCCUCUGGGCGCCUUUGAAUAUCAUCUCCCCAUCAGCCAGGGGCAUGGGAACCCCGCAUCGCAAGGAGGUAUUGGAUUAUCAGAUGAAUGAUUGCAACUUCAUGAAAAUGAUUUGCAUCACUAAGUUUCUCUGCAGAAAGUUAAAAGAGGCAAUCAAGGGUGCUGUGGAGAGCGAAAUUGCAUUCCAAAAUCUCAGUGAAACAGCUCACCCUGACAUGGUCAUUCUUUGGGAGGCAGAGGAGGCACUCGCUCAUGUGAACAGACUGGAUGAUCCAACAGCUAUGGACAUCUACGAGGUCCGGUUGGAAAAGGCUCCCACUAGAAAACAGCAGGAGUUGCACCUCCUGCAGGCUCAAAAUCGCCCGGAACAUCUGGUCACCAACUCCCCUGGUCACCGAGGAGCUGCCACCCGGCUCACAACCGGUCUCACCAUAGAGGAAUCUCAAAUCUCUCUUGCUAGGGAUGUGAAACGGCUGGGAAAGCAUCCCACAGACAUGCAAUUAUUGAGAGUGGCCCAACUCCGAGAAAAGCUUCAAACUCACAUCACAAGCUUUCUCAUGGUGGCACCUACUUAUCUUGGAGUUCAAGUCGAUGUUAACGACCUGGAUUUGCUGGUCAACAGAACCCUUAACAUGCAUACACCAUAUGAUUAUGAAGACAACUCCGAUCUCAAUGAUGAUCCGGAGCCGGAUAUACACGAUACUUCCAUAUUUCAACCGGAGCUCACUGUCAUACCCCUGCCAUCCAAUAUUGGUCAGGUCAGGUGCAAGGAUUUAGGUCUUAUGGAUCUCAUGAAAGAAGAAACUACCCUUCAGGAAGGCCAGGCCAAUGAUGCACUCCAUGCCAUUAGAGUUCAUUUGGGAGAUAAAGCCGUCAUAUUCCGCAAUACUGUCCAGUUGCAACCAGCUAAUCUCCCUGACCACGACCUCUUGAAGAAAUACCUUCCUUUGAAGAAAGAAGACCUGAAAGCAAGCUCUGCAGUGGCCGAUCCCAAUGCACGUGGUCAAAGGGACACAACUCUUUCAUGGUUCUGGUCCUUGGAUGUUCAGGGCGACACAUCAGGCAAUGACUGGAUGACAGAAUUUUAUCGGGUGAAUUGGCUCCGGACAAAAGCACUGCGUGAUCGUUGGAAUGAGGAGGUUAUUCUCGUCAAACAUGAAAUGCAGUGGUCCAUUAAUUUCUUUAACCACAAAGCCAAGCAAUGGCUCAGUCACAUGGACACCGCGACUUCUGCAGGGCUCACCGGACAUACAUGUUAUGCUGCCCGACAAUCUCACAUAUAUCACCAACUAGCAGGACAUGCAGAGGAUACUUUCCGGAAGAUGAUGGGUCAGCCAGAACUACCGCCUCACAUUCCCUCCAUGACCAAUACUGUAACUCUCAUCCCCCCUGACCAAGUCAUCAUUGCCGCUAAGGGCAAUCAAAUCACUGCUUGGGAUAUCUCUCAUGCCUUAUUCUAUGCCAAUUCCCAGUUGUUGGCCAUGUGCCUCUAUGUUGACAAGAGUUUUGCCACUGACAUGCCUGGCUAUGCUACAAAUUUUUACAUCUUGAUGAAAUGGGAGAUAGAGGUAGCUAUCUGGCAAUGCUGA